AUGGCUGCCAGACCUGCGGCGCCGGUCCAUAUUGUCCCCGGCAAAGGCUCUGGGUGCUUCCCUGCACAAUGUCCUAACUCGGGUCAAGUCACACCCUCAAGUAUAUCCCUCGAUCGAUCUAUCAUAUUCCCCACCGACCCUCUGCGUAAACCAGUCGUGUUGCAGCUGCCUUCGAACGGCCUGCGACUGAGAUUCGAUGGGCCCGACCAGCGACUCCGUCUGAUCGAAGUCUUGGAUUUUUCGCGAACGAACUUGGUAUACAAGAAUCAAGAUGUUCUGAAGGGCGCAAAAUCCGCGGAUCAACCCGCAGGUUCUUCGCAGGGCCCUAGUUUCCGACAUGUCUACAACCGGCUCUUUGGCCCUUCCUACCCCGGCGAAUAUGUACCGCCAGCAGACCAGUCACCUUACGGGACUUACGUGCUAUCUUACCCAGGAGUGGCUUUCUCCUUUCCUCUCCAGCACUCAGCUUGGUCUGAUCAGUGCGACUUCGUAGCCCUACUCUCCUCUUCCGCUGCAUUACCCGCGACAUCCAUGGCCAUUUUCCAAGGGCCCUCCUGGCCCGAGAUUCGAGCAAAGCUCUUCACGCAGCCACCUCAAUACCCACGGUUCUCUGCUGUGUCCAGCAAAACUCGAGAUUCCUUCGCAGACGAGGUGGAGGAGUUCCACAUCCUCGGUGCGGGCAAGUUAGAAGUAGUCCGGCGAACAAGCCUGCCGCUGCUGAUCAGCCUGGGAGAAACUACACCUCAGGAUCUGAUUGCAGAAUUUGGCCCACCAGAUGCCAUUUAUCGUAAACACGACCGUCGGAUCUCCAUUCACCGUGCUGCAGGAGUUGGUAACGACGCUCUGCAUUUGAGUCCACCAGCCCGGGGAAUGGAUAUUCCGGACACUGACCAUUCAUCCACCAACAGCAUAACGGACGAUUCGGAUGACGACUUUUCCCCUCACAGUAUUGGUGACCCCACUUCUCUACCAGCAGAAUGCUUCUUCAACUAUUUUCACCACGGCUUUGAUGCCUUUAUCUCAUACCCUACGACCCCCGGGCCAGCUUUCCCUGGUUCCGGGCUACCGGACCCGUCUACCCCGCUCCCUUCCACUCAACUUACUGUCACCAAGAUCAUCCUCCAUGGAAAUGUACCAGGCUCCUAUCCUUUCAACCGCCAUCGGCGGAGUCGGUGGAUGGUCCACCUGGAUCAGUCAGACUAUGGAUUCACGUCAGAGUCACCAUAUGACGAGAUAUCUGCGCAACUGCGUGAAACAUGGAAAGAUAAGUAUAACGGUACUCCAGAGGAACGCGCUAUGCAACGGCCCAUGGUAUUGAACCGGGGCUGGGGCGACAGUCCUGAAAAUAGUGUCGAGUUCCUCGGUGGCUGGGAAGAGACUACAGCCCGCGGGCCUCGAACGGGCCCAGACGGCCAUGAUGGUGGCCUGGGGAAUACUGAGCUCUUUGGCUAUCCAGGUCUCUUAUUCGAGGUCCUAAAGAAUGGUGCGGUGAGCUGCUUAACUGUUUACUAA